AUGUGGCUAGAGACAUACAAAGCUACGGCGAUGAAACCCAACGAGAUUAACAACGCCAUUUGGAAAUGGGGACAAGCGAAGCACAAAGUGCAACUGAUCGGUAGCACACCCUUCAACAACUUCUGUCUUAUCCUAGAGAAGGAUAAGACCGGCUACCAACGUAUGUACCAACUAGCAAGCAUGAUCAUAUUCUCUUUGAAGGACCUUGUUGAUGAUGUCAAUGUUGACGAUAUUGUCUAA